AAACAAAAAAAAAAAAAAAAAAAUCAUAGAACUCAAGAUUUGACUAGAAUUUAAAAAGAAGUUAAAUUCUGUGCUAACUCGGCUAACGCAGGUUAACAGUGUAACGCUAUCCAGUUAAAAAGAAAUGGAGCAAAAAGUAUAUAAAAAAUCCUAUCCUACCACUGUUUUAAAAUUAUAUAUAAGGUUAUAUUGUAAAAAGAGGAACGCACCCAAAAACAAAAUGAUGGAAGCAAUACAGUCAUGGGUUACUCUCAAUGAAAAUGAACGAGAACAAUUUAUAAACAAAUACAAAGAAUGUGAAAUUAAUUAUAAAAAGAAGAUGGCUAAUUAUUUAAGCAAAGCACAACCUUUUUUAAAGAAAAAAUAUUUAAAAAGGAAUAGGGCUGUUUCAGAUCUAACAGUAAACAAAAAACUUUAUAAUGAACAAAUAAAUACAGAAAAAAUUGUUAUAGAUGAAGAAGUACCUGUUCCAUGCACAUUAGAAAGGGAGGUUGAAAAUUUAUCAUCACUUGACAACAUGGAUGAAGUUGGAAUAACACAUUGUGAUUUAAAUGUCACUCCACAGUCACCACCGAGAACUGAUAGUUUUACAAAUUCUAAUCAGACUUCAAAUGAUAUUUUAGCUGAACCAGUACCACCAAGUACACUGUAAUACUUUAUUAUCUGUUUAUCCAUUACCUCAGAUUUUAAUUAAUAUAACAGGGUAAAAACUUAUACAUCAACAACCUCAUAGGACUAGUCAUAUAUCAUUGUUAUCUAGAUAACUGACAUCAAAACAACAAUGCUUUUUUUAAAUACUAUUGAUAAUGCAAAAUGUCAUAAUUUUCAAUUGAAAUUCUGCUCUAAUACUAAAUUAAGAUAAUAUCUAAUAUGCAUGAGAUAAGUGUCGUCCAUUUGUUUUUGAUUAAAACAUACACCUAUAAAUGUCAUGUGGUUAGAGCAUGCAUCAGAUUUUACCCAGUUUGGAAACACCUUAUUUCGUUAAACUUUUCAUAUAAUCAGAUCCGAAAGCAACAUACCCUUUUCCAUAAAAAAAUAUUUCGUCAUGUCAUAUGUUAUGUAAACAAGUGCUUCAGCUACUUAAUUUGGGAAUAUUUAUUUUAUCUAUUUCAGGUAUGCCAAAGAUUUAUUUAAAAUGAUCAAAUCGAGAAAUAAACAUUCUACUGAAACUUGGGAAUCAUUAACUAGUACACAGAAAAGCCGUUAUCAAAAAGCCUUAUCCUUAUUGAAAGAUGAUUAUAUUGUUAAAUUUAAAUCAUUUUUGGAAAGUUUGCCAUCACGACAAUUAUUCAAUUACUACAACAAUUACUUCAGUUAAGAAGGACAUGCUCUAUAUUACUAAUGCCAUUGAGUCCAGGAAAACUGCUGCUUGGGCAUAUGAUUUAUCAUGAUGAUUUGCAUUAUUUUAUUUGUAAAUAAAUUUCAGUCUGACAACUCUAAUCAUUGUUAUUUAUGACGCCCAUGUAUCGAACCGCGCGGGUUAGAUAAAAACGUCAAUUGAGAUGUCGUAUCUUACGACUAGUCACAGCUAGAAGUUAGCAGUCACAUCCCUGAUGCACACUGCAACAAAGAUUGAUGUAACCGAUUGCAAAUAAUUGUGUUUAAAAUAUUAGGAAGAUAAAAUAAACAUAAUAUAGAUAGAACCAGUUUUAAUUAUGCAUACUGAAUUACUGUUACAAUAUAUUAUUUCAACAAAUAAUAAAAAAAAAGAAAAUACCUCAAAGAUUGCGGUAUUCUUUUGUUCAGAGCCAUGAAAUGAACGAAUUUAGUGAGAUAAUUAAUGAUUUACAUUUAUAUUGUUCAUAUAUAUUAUUGAAAACUCGGAAAGAUUACAUUGAAAUGAUAUUGAAGGAACGGCAUUUCAGAUGUAAAAGUACACAUGUUCAUGUUAUAACUACAAGCAAGUAUAACAUUGUCCUAAUUCAGUAGAAGUUUUAAAAGUGAAAGUAAAGUUCCUUUGAAUAACACAUAUGCAAAAUUGUCUAAUCAUGCAUACUAACACUUGGAAGUUGCUAUGUCUUGUUAAAUUUUUGAAUUACAUAUUAUGAUAUCUUAAUCUAAUUAUACAUAUCAGAGUUCAGCAAUAGUUUAAGUGCUAAAUUUAAAUAUUUCCUACAUAAAAUGGAACGGAAACAAAGUUUAACAAUAUCCCAAUGUAAGGAAUUAUUUCAAUAUCAAAAAUAACAUCAACACUGGGUUUAAUUAUACAACAUAAAAACAGUGGAACGUAAUACAUUUUUUUUUAAUUUUCUGUUUUUUUGUGGCUAUAACAACAAAAAGCAGAAUAAUUAUACAACUAAUAAUUAAGACGCAGAAGCUAGUCGUGCCCUACAUUCAGUGACUAAUUGUUUGUUUAAAUAAAUAUCCUCAUCUGUUGAGGUGUCAAUGAGGUCGAGAGUCAAAAGUGGUUCGUUGGGGUUCAAAGGGUCUUUGCCAACGUCUUUACAAAUUCCAACAAACUGCUGCUCCACACACAAUUCUUGAAAUCUAAUACAGUCUUCCACAGUCCAGUCUUGAUGAAGCGGCCACACAUCUGCAAAUUACAGAGGUACAUUAUGAAAUAGGGCAAAAGAUAGUAUUUGUCUUAUUUUAAAGACAGGCCAAGUACGAGUUGGACUCGCGCACGAAGGUUUCUGUAACAUCCUAAUUGCCGCCAUCUACGCCAUCUACCUAUUGCCGUGAUCAAUAUCAAGUCUGUUGUAUGCGAGCCCCCUUAAAUGUUUAUUUUAUUCCAUUUUCAGUAAUUAUUGUUACAGCGGCAACAGUAUCAUGAGAUACAUAGCCUGGUGAUAAGACUGAUGGACGGACAGCGAAGACUAUUUUGAUGAUGAAAUAAAGAUGCCAAUCUUAGCAGUGGGUAGGUGGCGGACGAGGUAACUGCGGCGACGCAAUUAACUAGUACAAAGACACGUAUUCCGUAGCAAUGGGAAACAUUAUUUGUUAAAGACACGUCGAUAAUUGACCGAUAUUAUGUAAUGUAACCAUUGGAUAUCAUUAAUAAUAUACUUUAUUUUAUUUCUAUUUAUUUAAUUUACAAUUUAUAAAACAUUAAACCAAUUGAUGGACAAGGCAUCCAACGGCAAGGAUUCAGUGAACGCGUACGCCUAAAAUCACUAACUUUAAAUCAGUCUAAGAAUAACUUUCAUAAAUCGAUCUUAUACAAAGAAAUACGAUUAAAUAAGUUGUAUUUAAGAACGAGAGAAUAACACAUUUUUGAUAUUCAAUCCCAACCAAAACUCUCCAAAAAUAACCAUUUUGCAUUUCGUUCGUUGUAGCACUGGUUUUACCUGUUACACUUUCUAAUUUAAAGUUAUGAUAAAAUACGCUGAGACACAAAACACAUAAAAUGAGUGUUGUGCCACCGCGUUCAUAUGAAAAUAUUAAGUUAAAUCUUCUAAGGGGGUUAAUUAAGCC